CGUCCUCCUCCCCUACAAGAACCCGAGCCCUCCUCCCCUCCCAACCCAGCCGCCAGUUCACAACUGCGGCAAAAACCAAAAACAAAAUUCUCCCCCGGGUUAUCGACUGCCUCAUCUAGAGUUUCUUCUUUCUUCGCGUGUUCUUGGAGGAGGAGCGAGGACUAGGUGAGUAAGAAAGGAAGUUUCACGUCUUAUGGGGGUGAAUUCUUUUGCGGGAUUUCUUGGCCUUUGUGUCUGGGAUUCGUGGUAGAUGCUGAUGAGGAGAUCGCCAUCUCUCGUGGUUUGGAUCCCAUGUAGUUUUCUUGGAUGCUGUAUGAAUCUUUGAGCUUUACUCUGCAUUUCGGGAGGAGCUGUUUUGUUUGUGUGGCUGGCUGUGCGCGAAAGCUACUGCGAUCCUUAGCGAUGGAGUUGUUUUCUUCUUUUUCCUCCCUUUCUUGAAGAUAUUUAGACCAGGUCACUAUCAGUCUUGAACGGAUGUUAUCUGCGUUGGAGAUUGACUCCGUUAUCAUUCGCUCAUUCAUCUCGCCUCCAAAUGAUUUGAGCUUUUUCUUGGUGAAUUUUCCUGGAUUAGCUUCUCGUGGCCCGGAAUCAUCUGAAAGCCUAGCUUUGUUGCCUACUUGCCUCUUGUUGAUUGGGAUUUGCGGUGCCGGCCACGCCUCUGGUGUUUUAGCGACAGAAGGGAUUGAAUUUUUCGGCCAAAUCAAAGGCUGGGCAGCUUGCGCCUCGCCUCCUCCUUGCUUGCCGUCUCAUCUGCAUUUGGGUUUAAUGCGGUUCUGACCUUUACAAGGAGCUCCCUUUUUUAUACAAAAGGGAAAAAAAAAAGUUCGGUUUCUGCUCAAAUUGCCACUUGCAGAGAAUACGUGCUUUUUUAGGAGCUCCUUUGAGGUUAGCUGUAUUCGGAGCUUCAGAUUAUCCAAAAAAAAAAAAAGAAUGGACGGUGAGCAGCUGAUGAGUGGUGAAUUGGACAAUUCGUUCAACGCACUCAUGGUUUCUGGAGAGGGUGAGAGUGGACAGGCACAUCAUGAGGGCACAGGGACUACCUUGUUAGGUUGGAAGGACCUUCCCAUGGAGCUGCUCCUGCGGAUAUUAUCGAUGGCUGGAGACGACAGGAUGGUAAUCGUGGGCUCUGGUGUUUGCACCGGUUGGCGUGAUACAUUAGAAUGGGGAGUCACGAAUCUUUCUCUUUCGUGGUGCCAGGCUCACAUGAAUGACUUAGUGAUGUCACUUGCUCAGAAAUUUACGAAGCUGCAAGUUCUUUCUUUACGGCAAAUCAAACCUCAGCUCGAGGACAGUGCAGUGGAGGCUGUAGCAAAUAACUGUCAUGAUUUACGCGAGUUGGAUCUUAGCAGAAGCUUUAGGCUUAGCGACCGAUCGUUGUAUGCUCUGGCACAUGGAUGCCCCCAUCUUACAAGGCUCAACAUCAGUGGAUGUUCCAAUUUCAGCGAUGCUGCUUUGGCCUAUCUCAGUAGCCAGUGCAAGAACCUGAAAUGCCUGAAUCUGUGCGGGUGUGUGAGGGCAGUUUCCGACAGAGCAUUGCAGGCCAUCGCCUGUAACUGUGGUCAGCUUCAGUCUUUGAACCUAGGCUGGUGUGAUAGUGUAACUGACAAGGGAGUGACCAGCUUGGCAUCAGGGUGCCCUGAACUUCGGGCUCUGGACUUGUGUGGCUGUGUUCUGAUAACAGAUGAGAGCGUGGUCGCUCUUGCCAAUGGCUGCCCUCACCUGCGGUCGCUGGGGCUCUACUACUGCCAGAACAUCACCGACCGGGCAAUGUACUCGCUGGCGGCGAACAGCCGGCGGGUGAGGAGCAAAGGCCGGAGCUGGGACGCGGCGGCGAGGAAGAACGCCGGCGCCGGCGCCGACGGGCUGGCCAGCCUGAACAUCAGCCAGUGCACGGCGCUGACGCCGCCGGCGGUCCAGGCGGUGUGCGACUCCUUCCCGGCGCUCCACACGUGCCCGGAGCGGCACUCCCUCAUCAUCAGCGGAUGCCUCAGCCUCACCUCCGUCCACUGCGCCUGCGCUCACCACCCGCACCGCCAUGGGAGGGCCAUCCUCUCCAACCAUGCCUACUAGCAAGCUCCCUCUUGUAGAAACUAGAACAGCUCGGAUUUGAGGAAGAUGUAAAUUAAAACCCCAGGAUUGCUUACGAUGGACUGGGGAAAACUGCUUCUGUGUUUGUGGAUGGAUGGUGUCAUGGAUCAUAUGUUUCUUUUGGAUCAAAAUCUCUGAAGAGUAUAUGCAUGAGGAAUAAGUUUACUUUGUGACC